AUGAGUUCUGUUAGUAAAGGAAAUGACUUCGAACUUGAAAUUCAAAGAAUAUUAAGAAACAUGAAUAUUGAGAGCUAUCAAAUAAAAUUGGCAAAUGGUGAUGGAGGAAAGGAUCUUAUGGGGAAUUAUGCAGGAAAUCUCUUAUUAUUUCAAUGUAAGAAUUAUGCUGAGAAGAAUAAGGUUACGGUUGAUGAUAUACGUCAAUUUGAGGGAGUUAUGUCUCGUUAUCCAGGAGAAACAAUAGGUGUUUUCGUGGUCCCGUCCAAAACCAACAAUUAUACCAGGAGGGCAACCGAAGAAGCGAAUAAUUCAAAAUAUACAAUAAUUUUAACAGAUAAAUUAAAUAUUUGUCACGAUAUUCUAAGUAAGACUUUAGAAAAUUAUAAUAAUGAUGAUAAUUUUAUUCGAUUUCGUAUUGAUGGGAAAAUAUCAAACAAAUACAUAUUAUUAAUGGAAAUGUUAAAAGGUAGUUUGAUAAAUUAUGAGAGAUGA